AGGAAAAAAAUGGAUACUCCGCCGCUGAAACCACCGAGACAAAAAGGUGGAAAAACUAUAAAAGAUGAGUUACAAACGUCUGGCUUUCUUGUUAACGUUAUUAAAACAUUAGGAUUUAGUGAAACGCAUGAAGAACGACAAAAUGAAAAAGUGAAAAUUGAAAAAGAAUUUAAAAAGUCUGAUCAGCGGUUAAAUGACUUAGUUUCCAAACAUGAUCAAGAUUUGACAAGAGUAUUACCUCUGUUUAGUCAAGUUUCUACACAAAUAGCUACCAGCAGGGAAAAAAUCCAUUCUGUUAAAGAAAAUUUAAUUGCUUGCAAACAACUGUUGCAAUGUAAAAGAGAUGAAAUACAAAAAUUGUGGACGGAUGCUGUUCAGCAUAAAUUCGUACUGGAAAUGUUAGAAGAAAUAAAUGAUUUAAGGAAAGUACCAUCAAUUGUUUCAAUGUAUUGUUGCAAAAGACAAUAUCUACAUGCAACUAAAAAAUUAACACAAGCUAUUGAAAAUGCGGAAGGUCCGCUAGGUGAUGUUGAUGGUUUAAGUGAUCUUCGUGCGGAUUUGCAAACACGGAAAAUGCACUUAUAUAACAAACUGCAUGAAGAAUUAAAUAAACAUUUAUACCAAAAUUCUACUGCCGAAGUUUUGAGUAAUUUUCAACGUCAGAAUUCUACUCGCAACAGCGCUCAGCAAUUUCAACGUAAUUUCGGCAUUCGUCGUUCUACAGAUCGUGCGGAAGCUAAUGCUCGUGUUCGUAAGGCUUUGGUAGAAAUGACGCAAGGCUUUGAUUUAGAAAAAAGUGAGGUUGUUGAUGAUGCUGAUCUUGUAGAUCCGGAGUUAAGUACAACAUAUUUUAUUUCAAUAAUUGUUGAAUGCUUUGCUAUGUUGGAAAAAGUGCCUGAUUCAAUAGAAACAAUUCGUGUACAAAUUCAAAAUCAAUUAUUAGAGAUUGUCCGUGUAACAACCAAUCAAAUGAUAUCAUUAAAUUUGCCAUCAAUUCAUGGUACUGCAUCUGAAUUACAUCCACUUUUAGCUUUGCUUGAAGUUAUUUUUAAGCAAUUCAAAGCCGUCGCCCAAACUCAUUCGCUUUUACUGAAAAAUAUUUUGAAUGUUACCCAAAGAUAUUCAGUUCAAGGAUGUGGAAACUAUGAUUUACCUGAUUUCUGGCAUCAAGCUCAAUCAGUUUUGCAACUCUUAUUGACUGAUUAUUUGGAUAUACAAAAUGCAUCCAGUGAAGAAACUUCGCAAAAUAAUUUCAAUGAAUCAAAUAGCAAUAUUAAUUCGUUCUUUUUGCGAAGAAAAGUCCAAAGCGUUCGGCCAACUUAUCGAUAUUAUCGUAAAAAGGCGCUUUAUAAAUUUGACAAGUCAGCAUGGCAACAGUCAGAUAGUUUACCAAAAGAACAUCGAAGAAAUGCAUCAGAUAUGUCGAAUGAUGAAAACAUAUUUUCAGAAGUUUAUAACAGUAUGAAUAGUGGUAAAAAACGUGAAAGGAAUUUAAUUUGUAAGGCAGAUCCGUCUUUAAUAAGAAAAAUUUAUAUACCUUUGGUGUCAUAUAUCCAUGAAAUUGAAGGAUUUAUGAAGUGCAAAUCUGGUUUGCCAUGCAACCUAAGUGAUUUUGUAUCAAACUAUGUUAAAGAAACAUACUUGUCUAAAGGGCAUUACAGAAAUUUGCAAAUGACCAUUGAAUCUUUAUCAAAAAAUCAAGAUGCCUGGCGUACUAUUAUAACACCAGAAGAAAUGAAGCAAAUGAACUUAGACAGACCCCUUCUCCAGUCAACAGUACAUGUUGAAAGGCAGAUAUCUGAAACCAAAAGACUUAUUCACGACCUUCCAAAUUACUCGGAGGAUUUAUUAAAAAUGGUUUGCUCGUUACUGAAAACAUAUAGAGAAACAUGUCAGGCGGCUUAUCGCGGAAUUGUGCAACCUGAUUCUGAAGACAAAAGAAUAUACAGUGUCGCGUGGUUGAAAGACGAUGAUAUAAAUAGAUUUUUAAAGUCGCUUCCAAACUGGACAGAUUUAAAAACAUCAAGUAAUCGUUCUAAAUUAGGUAGCAAGCAACUGCGACGUCAAAGCUACGAACCAUCAGAAGAAGAAAGUCCAACGCAAGUACAACAACGUAAUGUUAGAGAAGCUGAAAUGUUAACAAGUAAUUUAGGUGAAGGUGGAAUCUCACAGUCCGAAAUUUUAUCUGAUAUAAGUGUUUUAAAAGAAUUGGCGAUAUUGCAAGAAAGUAUGGAGUGGUUUUCCAGUCGUAUUUCAGACUUCGCGAGUGACCUUAGGCGACCCAUUAUAAAUGGAUUUAAUGUUAAUGGCGGUUCUGAAUAUUCCUCAGUUACAAUUAAAGAUGGAACAAUUAAAGUGCUUACUAAUUUAGCAUUAGAAUUCGAUGAGUUGGCAAAUACUUGUUUGCUUGUGUUACAUUUAGAGGUUCGAGUUCAAUGUUUUCAUUAUUUGAGAACGAAAAUUCCUCCCAAAUCAAAUAACUUUAUUGGGCAUAAAGAAGACAUUCUCGAACCUGAUGCUCAAGUUUUAAAAUUAACUAAGGUUUUGGCUGAUAUGGAUGAAGCAUUAAAUGCUACGCUGCAUCCUAGAAAAACAAGGUAUAUAUUUGAAGGACUUGCUCACUUAGCAUCAAGAAUUCUAAUUCAGGCUUCCAAUUAUAUGGAAAAUGUUGAUCAAAUUAACAUUCAGAGGAUGUGCCGUAACUCCUUAGCACUUCAACAAACUUUGAGUAGUAUUACAGCUUCAAGGGAAGUUGCAUUAGACCAAGCAAGAAAUUUUUAUGAGCUCUUAUGCAUGGAACCAGAUGAAAUUCUUACCAGUAUUGUAGAAAAAGGAAGUCAAUUUACUGAAAUGCAAUAUUUAAACGCUUUAAAUUUAUCAUCAAAAUCACGUGGCAUUAAUGAUGCAAAUAGUUUAGCUUCAUAUCAACAAAAGCUCUCUGACAUAUUAGGUGCUAAACCAGCUGAUGGUGUUAUUGUCUGAUAAUUUUUUUUUAUUAUUAUUUUUAAGAAAAAUCUUUACACAAUAAAAUUAUUAAAUUGCAAUUAUAUGCGAAAAUAGAAAGAUUAUGUAAUUCCAGAUUUUUUUUUUCGAAAUACUUUAAGAUCCUUAAAAUACUUAUGUUAUAUUCAUUAAAAUUAUAUACAAUUAAUUUACGUACCUUUUUUUGGUUUAAAAAUUAUUAAAACUUAAGUUGUGUAAAAUAAAUAUAUUAAAUAAAUCAGUCUUGUUAAAAAUACUAGAGGAUAUAAAAAAUUUUAGUAUCUUAUUGGGGAAACGAAGAAGUUUUAUAAUUUGUCUAAUUUAAUAAUUAUAGCUUUAUGGAACUGUAAUUUCAUUAAAAUUACAUUUAAGAAAUUUUCUUUAUUUAAAGUGUAAAAUCAAUUCAAUUAAAAAAGGAAAUUAUAGGAUUUAUAAAUAAAAACGUGGUUAUAGAAUUGUUAAAACUUAGAACGGAAGUAAAUAAAAAAAAACAGCUUAAAAUUCGCCUUAUAUGUGUUCCAAUGUUUAAGGAAGUGAAUAUAUUGUAUUGUAAAACAAAAAUUCAAAUUCUGAGACACUUUUUGCUUAGUUGAAACAUUAAAUGUUCAUCCAUAUUCAAUAAUAUUAAUAGUAAAAUAUAUAGAUAUAUAAAUACAAAUUAGAAUGUUAUUAUAAAGUUAUAUACAAGAAUAUUAUGUACAUGUGAAAAAUUUGUCCAAUAAUUACAAAUUUGCUUAUAUUUACGUAUUAUAGUCAACCACUUUUA